UGGAACGACAGGAAUUUUGCUGCAUAUUCUCAGCUGAUUCCUGGGCGGUGGUAUCUUUUGAGGUACCAAUUUGAAACAUGAAAACAGCAAUUCUUCUUUUUUGUCUCCUAGGGACAAUUCAGUCAUUGCCAAUACUACAGCUCAUGAGAAUGUAUCCAGUACAAGACCUUGGUCAACAGCAAGCACAGCAACAGGUUUAUCCUGGCAUGGGAUUUCCUCCGGCAAACCUGGUUCUGGAUCAGCCAACAUUACUCACCCCACAGCAGCCAAACCAGCUCUUUCCUCCUUUGGGUCAAAUACCACUGACACAAAUGUUCUCACUGGGGACAGACAUGCAACUGAUAAAUCCAGCUACAGGACUAGUACCUAGCAUCCAGAUACUCCCAAUGACCCUAACAGAUACAAAUACCGCACAGCAGACGCCUCCACAACAAAUGCUCCCCAUCAUUGUAGCACAAAUUGGAGCCCAGGGUGCCUUGCUAAGCUCAGAGGAAUUGCCAAUGGCCCCACAGAUCUUCACAGGACUUCUCAUCCAACCUUUGGGUACCGGAGUCAUGCUCCCAACUGGCCAGGAAAGGACAGAUGCUAAUACCCAAGAUGCAGCUCUUCCUGCAGGACAAAUAGGAGGAAACCCCAUCAUCUGGGGAACCCCAGAAGGGCAGCUCCCAACACCCAGUGGUCCAGAUGAUGUAUUUGAAGCUACCAUUCCAGUGGGAAUUCAGAGAACAACUGAGGGAAGCACCACCGAAGCACCAAACGGAACUGAUUAAGAGGCUAAUUUUUUAAAUCCUCUAACGUGCCACUCAAGUUUCGUGAUACAGUUGGAUAUGUUUCAUUGUUGAUAUAAUGGAAUGGAUUCAGUCCUACUGAAGCUGGGCCUAAGAAGAUACAACUCUUCCCUAUCCCCCACCUCAAUAAAUCUUGGGAGACUAUAUCACACCCAAGAGAGACAAAGCUCUGGACAAGGAGGAAUGUUAGCCAUGACAGAAUGGAUUAAAACCUUCUUUGAGAAAUCACAAUCACCCUCGU